UUCCGCGAGGAGAUGUCCAAGCCGGACGAGGAGAUCGACUUGGCGCGAGCCGCGGGCUACGUCGCCAUGCACAGGCGACCGGACGAAUCUCGCGUGGCUGACGCCGUCGAGGAGCUGGACGUCCUGGCGGCGGAGUUGGAGGCGACGCUGCCGCCGCCCGAACAGAGGUUCCCGCUGCGCACGCUCAAGGCGAUCAGCCGGUACAUGUUCCACACGUUGGGGUUCAAGGGGAAUCAAGAGGAGUUUUACGAUCCGCGGAACUCGUGCCUGGACGAGGUGCUCGCGCGGCGAACGGGGAUACCCAUAACGUUAGCGCUGGUGUACAUGGAGCUGGCGAGGCGGGUCGGGGUGCCGAUGGUCGGGGUCAACCUGCCGGCGCACUUCAUGAUCCGGCCGGUGGUCGAAGACAUGGAGGUGCUCGUGGACUGCUUCAACGACGGCGAGCUGAAGUUUGUCGAGGACGUCGAGGACAUGCUCAAGAAAUUUUACACCAUGGGCGAGGCGGACAAGCUCACCAUCGAUCGAAGCUUCUUCGCGGAUAACUCGAUGAAGCCGAGGGCGUUCCUGACCAGGAUGCUGACGAACCUCAAGCAGAUUUACUUCAACAACGACGAGUUCGCCGCCGCGCUGCAGAUCGUGGCGUAUCAGGCGCACUGCGCGCCCGACGAGAAGGUGGCGCUCUUCAACAGGCGGGACGGCGGCAUCUGCCUCUUCCUCAUGCAGCGCCACGCCGAGGCGGCCGAGGAGCUGAGCGGGUUCUUGGCCGAGUGCGACGCCAAGGGCAUGUGGGACGGCGACGGUAACCCGAGCGCGAGGGCUCAGAUCUUACAGAUGAUCGAGCACGCCAAGGCGCAGGUCGCCAGGGAGAGCGUCAAGCGAAGCGUGGAGGACGCCCUCGGCGAAUCGGGGGAUGGCGAGGACGACGCGUGCGGGGACGACCCAAAGGCGCGGGACGAUCCGUAG